AUGAAGAAAGGCCAAACAGAAGUAGCUCCUGCAGUGAGUGACAGUCAGCUAGGUAAACCUUUGGAACCAACUGCUCCAGCCGAUGAGCAUGUGCAGGAACCCAAGCAGACUGUGAACAUACAGAAGAAGGUGAAAUCGAAUGCCAAUAAAGAUCCGACAAAGAAAAAUCCAAAACGGAUUUCAAAUGCUGCUCACGAUUCAUCUUUAGCAGGGAAAGAUAUCAAUGCUAAAAAGGCCAAACCCCAACCCAAACGGAACCCACCGCCUCUGAAGACGAACAAGCCUAUACCGAAAAUUAAAGAAGCUGAAAAAGAAAACGGCAAGACAGAGGAAGUCCCUGGGAAAAAGAAACCUUCUGACCUUUCACCAAGCCGUCCUUCUGUUCCGAUAAAGAGGACAAUGAAGAGGAAGAAAGUGGUAGCAACUAAGGAUGUGGCUAAAGAUGGAGAUAACCAACCAACGGAACAACAAAUGGAAGAUGUUACUCAAGAAAGCACUUCAUAA